AUGGCCACUCUGGGGGAGGGCAAGGCCCACGGGCUGGGCGGGCUGGAACCAGAGACCUCUGUGGCCCCCGGCUUAGCCUCCCCUCUCUCUGACCCCUCGGAUGCCCCCUGCCCAGCUUCUCACACACCCAAACAUUCCAGUGCCAGGGACUCCUUUGCCUCCCAGGCUGGAAGCUGUGCUGAGGGCGUGGAGACCUCCCCUGGGCUCUGGUCUCAGGUUCCCAGGAGGGGGGAAGGGACAGGAACAAGGGAAGAGGAGCCAUUUCUCUGCACGGAUCGCAACCUUGGCGCUCCCAGCUCACGUUUCACAGAACCUAGAGGCCUUUUUGGCCUAGGACUGCACAAUGCUGGAUAUUUUCAUCCUGAUGUUCUUUGCCAUCAUAGGCUUGGUCAUUCUGUCCUACAUUAUCUAUCUGCUCUAGUGGCCGGAUUUGCUGCCGASAGCCUGCGGGAGAACAGCUCAGAGGGGAAGAAUGGAGCUGAAGGGCCGAGCAUCCUUCUUGCUGACGCACCGGUGGAUUUUUGCUUCUGCUCCUGUCUCCAGUCCAACAAGAGGCCUCUUAUCAACAACAGCAGCCCUGCUGCCCAGCAGACUUCUUCCAGAGCCUUCCGGACAUGGUUAACCCCUGGCAAACAAGGGGCUUUGUGAGGCAAAGGCAGAGGCAGAGGCAGAGGCACUCACUGGGACAUCAGGAAUUCAUGGGCAUGGCUGGCAGAUGCUGUAUGCGUUUGAGCUGUAGAGAGAGCGUGGUGAGAAUACAGAAAGUUGAAAUGUAGACUCAUUAAAGUGGAAAACUGCUCAAAAAUCCAUCUGGGUAGCCUUUCCUUAGGUCUAAAUGCUACUGCACAUGAAGCUGAAAUACCUUCUUUCCUUUCACCACAAACAGGCGUUCCCUUUUAAGUUCAAGAGCAAGUUCAAGUUGCCUGUCUAAUCAGUGUUUUUACAGAUUUCACARUCUGGGGUUGUGUGGUUUCCCUUGUCUUCACUCUCUGGCCAGAAGAAAUUUGUCAUUUGAGUUUUUAAGAUUUAUUAUUUCUUCCCUAUCUCAUGCCAUCUGAGCCCCUAGUUUUUUAAUUAAAAAUUGAAAUGGAUAGAAAGUUUUUAUUCUUUAUUCCUGAUUAUAAAUUAUUGAAACAAAAUGGCUGUACUUACCUUAUUUAGGAAAAGUCUCUUACCCCAAAGUGAGUGGUUUUGUUUUUGAUUGUUGAAUGUUCCUUUUUUGAGGGAAAAUAAAAAAAGGAAACUGUCAACAUAUUUCCCUGUUCAAUUAGGAUUGAGUAAGCUCAUUUACUCAUUUUGGCAUUAAGAUAGAAUUGGUUCCCCAAUCUGUAGUGUCUAUUCUUUGAAAAGUCCAACAUAAUUGUUCUACAUUUGAUUUUCCUUUCUAUCUUAAAAAUAAAGGAGAAAUAUUAAUAGUUUUUGUAAUAAUAUUGUGUUC